UUUUCUCUUCCCCCAUAGAUUCUUAGGUUGCUUUCAAAUAUAAUAAUAACCAGGACAUGCAACCCUAAACUAUUCAUAUUCAAUUCCCUCCCUAGCCAUCCUUUAAUUUUCUCUUUAUAUAAAGCUUCUUCCACCACACCUCUUUCUCAUCACUCUCAUUCUUAUCAUCUCCCAACAGGUUUUAAUUUUCCUUGCUGCUGAUAAACAUGGAGGAUUCUCAGUACUUGUUGUGGUUCAAGAGAAAACAAAUCUUGAACUCACAUAUUCAGCAACCAUUUGGAGCCCGCAACACCAACACCAACUCAUCAUGGGAGGAACGAGCUUUUGCAGAAGAUGCUGCUAGGAUACUUGGUGGGUGCAUAUGGCCUCCAAGAUCUUACUCCUGUAAUUUCUGUAAAAGAGAGUUUAGGUCUGCUCAGGCUCUAGGGGGACACAUGAAUGUUCACAGGAGGGACAGGGCUAGGCUCAAACAAAGCCUUAGUCACCAUAAUGAAUCUCUUCAACAUCUUCACAACAAAAAUGAUUUUGCAGCAAGCAAAGCCUCAUCUUCUAGGCCCUCAACUAUAUCCACUCAAGAAAAUUGUUAUCAUCAGCCUACCAUGUCUUCAAUUAGCUGGGGGCAUCACCACAUGGGUUCUUCUGAUUCAGAACCAAAAGGGUCUCCAGUGAAUGGAAGGGAACAGUUUUUAAAAGGUUCGGGUUGCAAUGAUUAUGUUGAAACAAGUUUGUCUGUGGGACAAAGUUCAGUGUUUGGGCAAAAGUUACCAAUUGAAUCAUAUGGGGACGAAGCUAUCAGUUAUAAAAGAUCAAAGACUUCUAUGCUUCCUUUGCCUGUCUUCCACAAGCCAUGUUCAAGUGAUAGACACCUAACUUUUCAUUCUGCAGAAUUUGUACUUGGACUCAAGCCCGGAAUGGAAGACUUAGAUCUUGAACUCAGGCUGGGGAAGCCACAGAAAGUUAUUUAGUAUAUAAGACAAACAGAAGAAGUUGUAAUGGAAUGUCAGUCUUUACCUUUAUCUUUCCCCUUUCCUAUUAGAGGUUCAUAGAAAAUAGGCCAGAACCUUCCUCGCCUAACCUAAAGCCACCUUCAGUAGAAUUCUUAGGUUUAUGUUCAUGAGAUGUUAAUUUGAAUACUAAUGUUAUAUCUAGUUGCAUGUUACUAUCUUUU